AUGUUUCUUCGAAAUGCGAGUUGCUUGACUGCCAAAUCGGCUGCUCGCCAGUCCUCAGCACUAAAACACACCACAUGCCUGUGCUCGGGCGCAGGCCAAUCUGUCGCUCGAUGUCGCACGUUCACCGGAAACGUGCGAGGAGGAGAUGCGCCUCCGUCACGCAAUCAUGAAGCAGGUCUACGCCGCUCGGCAGACCAGGAGCAGCUGCCGCGCCGCUCUCAUCAAACCCCAGCCAAAGUAGCUCGAGAGCCUCGAUUCUUUACUCCAAACUACACAUCGGAGACAAUACAGAGCAGAUGCCGCGAUGGACGGCCCGAAAUCAAGCCAGCAGAGAUUCCGAGCAGGUCGAGUCUCGAACAAGAACACACUUCUACACGUGCUUUCAACGUGGGAGCAGCACCUCCUGCGACGGUGCAGCCUUCGCAGCUGCCAUGGACUCGGGCUGCGUUUGUCGACCUGUCUACAUUGACCAGAUCUGCGACGGCCUCACCUCAGCAUGCAGCUGACCCGGCCGCUGGGGACUCGCUCAAGAUCCGGCCAGCACAAGCCGCAGUCCAAAGUCUUGCCAGACUACCGCAUAAAACAGAGGCUGGCAAUCCUUCUACUCAGUCAGCACUUCUGAAAGACUCGGCAAGCACCGAUUCUGCCCAGAGAACACACCAAAUGUCAGUCGUUCCGCCAGAUCCUCCUCAGACAGACAAUUCUAAGCUAGUUGUCCGCGGGUCAGACCAGUCUUCGGAGGACAGCAGAACUUGUGCUAAGGCGGGCAUCGUUUCCUCCAAUGAGUCUCCUGGUGCCAAGGAGAAGGUAGAACGGGAGCACAAGCCCGUUGCCGUUGCCGUUGCCGACGCCGUGCUUGCGGAUGACAAAGGACCCCAAACCUUGACCUUUCUUGAUCUCGGGCAAAAUAGCGCCUCGCAAGAAGCACUACCCAGCGAGAGAGCUAUUUUCGGGAAUGCUCCUACUGCUCCAACGGCCACACCUGGACCGGAUACAUCUCAGUCGCAACUUCACGAUUCACCAGACCUAUCGAAGGUCAGCGGGGCCAAUUUGCAGAAGGUAUUCGUUGCCGAUCCUGUGCUGAAGCCAGCUCCAUCUACGAGCACGUAUAUGCAGAAGCAUGAGGCCUACGUCCUCGAUGCAGAUAAAAAAUCCGUGCACAGACUGUGGCGAAGACAGAACAUGGACAAUGCACAGCACUGGGUGACGUUGUCCAGGUUGCUAGAGAAUGUUGCUCCUCGCAAGUACUCAGGUUUUGACCCAUUCCGAGAGUUCUACCUCAGCGCAUCGGCACUGACAGCGUACACUGGCUCUCUUGAAAGAAACAUCUGGAUUGAGCAUGUCGGAAACGGUGCUCGUGUGGAAGUCUUUCCACCGUGGCUAAAACCUGUCAAUGAAUGUAAAGUGCGAAUCACGGGCGGCAUAGCUGCGGAGGAGGUCGCGAAGAAGCUGCAGGGCAUAACGAUCGCAUCCAGUCAACAAAAGACCGACCAGCGACGGACUCUGGCGUCGAUCGAUUCUGUGGCGGCAUUCCAUGCCUAUGUCCGCCAGGUCACUGGUCAAUCAGAGGCUCGAGUUUUAGAAAGAAGUGUGGUCCAGAAGCGGAAUCGCUUCGUGGCUGAUCGGCUUCUGAAAGCAUUCACAGAUGCACAUAUCGCUAAAUAUGCAAGCGCUGAUGCCCUGAGACUCGCUCUCCAGUACUUCAAUCAGCAUUAUGAGGUGCAAGAUGCUGCAGACCUUAUCUAUGCUCGUUGUCGAAAGCUCGAGCUCGCCAACACUAUUGCCAUUAUGAACCUGCGGCUCAAGCACGCUUUCAACUGGAACCUACCACUCCUCGCCUACAAGAUAGUCCUCGACAUGAAGGAACUCGGUAUACGUCCGAACGGCCGUACAUGGUCUUUGUUUUAUGAUUUCAGUGCGAAUGACUCACAAAGACAGCUCAUCGUCCAAGCGCUGGACCGGGCGAACAUUUCCCAUUUGACCAAGAAAGCACGAGCAGUCCUGGCGCUACCCUUGGUCGAGGAACAACUCAAGAUCACUGGGAAUAACGCGACAUCAUGGAAGGCAUUCGAGCAGGACAUGGACUCGUCUUUUGGUCGCCUGUGGCAUUCAACAGCCACCUACAAGCGGACGUUGAAUCUCACGAGACAGACCGGACUUGACGAAAUUUCGGAGGAAUUGUUCGCGAAGGUAUGGUCGAAAUCAGUCCUGAUGCGGUCGAAAUCAGACCUGCAUCAGUACUACAUCCAUGUACAUCACUUCAAGUACCUCUACACGAAGCGCGCCCUUGGCCGCGCGAUCAAACUCCUUCGAGACAUGGUCGUGCGCGACAUCGCAGACAUCAAUCUUGAAAGAGUGAUUCCGAUCCUGUUCCUAACAGCAUGGCAAUGCAAAGCCACCAAUGUCUGUCGAACAUUGUGGAGAUUCGCGGCCGUCAAUGGCUUGUAUGACCGCACCAUGCAAGACAUCAUCUCGCAAGCGCUGUAUCGUUCCAUGGUCUUCGGCCAGAGACCGCAACGUCCUCAGCCCUACGAUAUAUUGAGCAAUGAUGAAACCGAAUGGCGGACGAUGUCUGCUGAGGAGCAAGCUCAUAUUACUUGGGCCGCCAGUGCAGCAAGGCUCGCGGUUGGUGCAAAUGCGGCGGGUGUCGUGGCAGACCUGUCAGAACGCUUUCCGGUCCUCGAAGCGCAUUUCCCACCCGGAACAAGCAGUCUAGAGAUGGUGUCCACGUGGCUACCCACCGAUGGCGGACUCAGAGAAGCGCAAAGGGGCUUACUCAAAGCAGUGCUGCAGCAAGAUCUGAACGCAUUCAUUGGGCACGAGACCGUGUCGCUGGCCGUGCUUGCAACCAGUACACUUCAAAAAGCGCUCAAACUUGAUACAGAGUGGAGCACAAGCGGCAAGACUGAUGCAUUACUGUCUCGGAAGCUUGCUGAUCUGAGUCGGGAAAUGGUGCCCCUGGCGGUCUGGGAGAAGAGUGCUGAACGGCUCGCUAAGGAUGAGGAGAUUCGGAGGUGCUUGAUCGAAGAUGCUGUAUAUGCCGGAACGGAAUUGAAGGUUCCGAUGGUAGAUAAGGAGCUGAGCGGCCGGGACAUAAUGACUGGCUCAUGCAUGGCUGACAAUGUAUAA